CUUCCGGACCACUGUGGAAUACCUCGUGAACCUUCUGGAGACCGAGAGCUUCCAGAACAACGACAUCGAUACAGGGUGGCUGGACCACCUCAUCGCUGAGCGGGUACAGGCAGAGAAGCCGGACAUCAUGCUCGGGGUGGUGUGUGGGCCUUGAACGUGGCAGAUGCGAUGUUCAGAACCUGCAUGACGGAUUUCUUGCACUCCUUGGAAAGGGGUCAGGUCCUCCCGGCUGAUUCUCUGCUGAACAUUGUGGAUGUUGAGCUGAUUUAUGGAGGCGUCAAGUACAUCCUCAAGGUGGCCCGGCAGUCCCUGACUGUGUUCGUCCUCAUCAUGAAUGACUGCCACAUCGAGAUCGAUGCCCACCGGCUGAACGAUGGGGGGCUGCUCCUGUCCUAUAAUGGCAGCAGCUACACCACGUACAUGAAGGAAGAAGUGGACAGUUACCGGAUCACUAUUGGCAAUAAGACGUGCGUGUUUGAGAAGGAGAAUGACCCCACAGUCCUGAGAGCCCCCUCGGCUGGGAAGCUGACACAGUACACGGUGGAGGAUGGAGACCACGUGGAAGCUGGGAGCAGCUACGCUGAGAUGGAGGUGAUGAAGAUGAUCAUGGCCCUGACCGUGCAGGAGAGUGGCCGGGUGAGGUACAUCAAGCGUCCAGGGGUCGUGCUGGAGGCCGGCUGCGUGGUAGCGAGGCUCGAACUCGAUGACCCUUCCAAAGUGCACGCGGCACAGCCAUUCACAGGAGAGCUCCCUGCCCAGCAGACCCUGCCCAUCCUCGGGGAGAAGCUGCAUCAGGUGUUCCACAGCGUCUUAGAAAAUCUGACCAAUGUCAUGAGUGGCUACUGCCUGCCUGAGCCGAUCUUCAGCGUAAAGCUGAAGGAGUGGGUCCAGAAGCUCAUGAUGACGCUCCGGCACCCAACCCUACCUCUCCUGGAGCUGCAGGAGAUCAUGACCAGUGUGGCAGGCCGCAUCCCAGCACCCGUGGAGAAGGCGGUCCGCAGGGUGAUGGCCCAGUAUGCCAGCAACAUCACUUCCGUGUUAUGCCAGUUCCCCAGCCAGCAGUGCUGGUCCUCAGGCAUGCUGGGCAAGCACUCCACCACUGAGCUACAUCCCGAGCUCCUGAAGAUAGCCACCAUCCUGGACUGCCAUGCCGCCACCUUGCAACGUAAGGCGGACCGUGAGGUCUUCUUCAUGAACACGCAAAGUAUUGUGCAGCUGGUCCAGAGGUACCGCAGCGGGACCCGCGGCUACAUGAAGGCUGUGGUGCUGGACCUCCUGCGGCGGUAUCUGAGCGUGGAGCAUCAUUUUCAGCAAGCCCACUAUGACAAGUGCGUGAUCAACUUGAGGGAGCAGUUCAAGCCGGACAUGACCCAGGUGCUGGACUGCAUCUUCUCACACGCACAGGUGGCCAAGAAGAACCAGCUGGUGAUCAUGCUGAUAGACGAGCUCUGCGGCCCAGACCCUGCCCUGUCCGACGAGUUGACCACCAUCCUCAACGAGCUGACGCAGCUGAGCAGGGCCGAGCACUGCAAAGUGGCCCUCAGAGCCCGGCAGGUCCUGAUCGCCUCCCACCUCCCCUCCUACGAGCUGCGGCACAACCAGGUAGAAUCCAUCUUCCUGUCUGCCAUCGACAUGUACGGCCACCAGUUCUGCCCAGAAAACCUCAAGAAAUUAAUACUUUCGGAAACAACCAUAUUUGACGUCCUGCCAACAUUCUUCUACCACGAUAACAAGGUCGUCUGCAUGGCGUCGCUGGAGGUGUAUGUGCGGAGAGGCUACAUCGCCUACGAGCUGAACAGCCUACAGCACCGGGAGCUCCCAGAUGGCACCUGCGUGGUGGAGUUCCAGUUCAUGCUGCCGUCUUCCCACCCCAACCGGAUGGCCAUGCCCAUCAGCAUUUCUAACCCCGACCUGCUCAGGCACAGUACAGAACUCUUCAUGGACAGUGGCUUCUCCCCGCUGUGCCAGCGCAUGGGGGCCAUGGUCGCCUUCAGGAGAUUCGAAGAGUUCACCAGGAACUUUGAUGAAGUUAUCUCCUGCUUUGCCAACGUGCCGACAGACACCCCCCUCUUCAGUAAGGCCCGCACCUCCCUGUACUCCGAGGACGAUGGCAAGAGCCUUCGAGAGGAGCCCAUCCACAUCCUGAAUGUGGCCAUCCAGUGCGCCGACCACCUGGAGGACGAGGCGCUGGUGCCGAUUUUCCGUACCUUUGUACAGUCCAAGAAACACAUCCUUGUGGAUUAUGGACUCCGAAGAAUCACAUUCCUUAUUGCCCAAGAGAGAGAAUUUCCCAAGUUCUUCACGUUCAGAGCGAGAGACGAGUUUGCAGAGGACCGGAUUUAUCGCCACUUGGAGCCCGCCCUGGCUUUCCAGCUGGAGCUGAGCCGGAUGCGGAACUUUGGCUUGACCGCUGUGCCCUGUGCCAACCAUAAGAUGCAUCUUUACCUGGGUGCCGCCAAGGUGAGGGAAGGGCUGGAGGUGACCGACCACAGGUUCUUCAUCCGCGCCAUCAUCCGGCACUCGGACCUGAUCACCAAGGAAGCCUCCUUCGAGUACCUGCAGAACGAGGGUGAGCGGCUGCUCCUGGAGGCCAUGGACGAGCUGGAGGUGGCAUUCAACAACACCAGCGUGCGCACCGACUGCAACCACAUCUUCCUCAACUUCGUGCCCACUGUCAUCAUGGACCCGCUCAAGAUUGAGGAGUCAGUGAGGGACAUGGUCAUGCGCUACGGCAGCCGGCUGUGGAAGCUCCGCGUGCUGCAGGCGGAGGUCAAGAUCAACAUCCGCCAGACGACCACGGGCAGCGCUAUCCCCAUCCGCCUGUUCAUCACCAACGAGUCUGGCUACUACCUGGACAUCAGCGUCUACAAAGAAGUGACCGACCCCAGAUCCGGAAACAUCAUGUUUCACUCCUUCGGCAACAAACAAGGAAGCCUGCACGGGAUGCUGAUCAACACGCCGUACGUCACCAAGGACCUGCUCCAGGCCAAGCGGUUCCAGGCACAGUCCCUGGGGACCACCUACGUGUACGACUUCCCGGAGAUGUUUAGACAGGCUCUCUUUAAACUGUGGGGAUCCCCAGAAAAGUACCCCAAAGAUAUUCUGACGUACACAGAGCUGGUGCUGGACUCCCAGGACCAGCUGGUGGAGAUGAACCGCCUUCCUGGUGGGAACGAGGUGGGCAUGGUGGCCUUCAAAAUGAGGUUUAAGACCCCGGAGUAUCCAGAAGGGCGGGACGUCGUGGUCAUCAGCAACGACAUCACCUUCCAAAUCGGCUCUUUCGGCAUACAGGAGGACUUCCUGUAUCUGCGGGCAUCUGAGAUGGCCCGGGCAGAGGGCAUUCCCCAAAUCUACCUGGCAGCUAACAGUGGGGCCCGUAUGGGCCUGGCUGAGGAGAUCAAACAGCUAUUCCAAGUGGCUUGGGUGGACCCGGAAGAUCCCCACAAAGGAUUUAGGUACCUGUACCUGACGCCCCAGGACUACACCCAGAUCAGCGCCCAGAACUCCGUGCACUGCAAACAUAUUGAGGAUGGAGGAGAAUCCAGAUACGUCAUCUUGGAUGUCAUAGGGAACAGUGACAGCCUGGGCGUGGAGAACCAGGGCUCGGGCAUGAUCGCAGGAGAGGCCUCCCUGGCUUACGAAAAAAUUGUCACCAUCAGCAUGGUGACCUGCCGGGCCCUAGGAAUCGGGGCCUACUUGGUGAGGCUUGGCCAGCGGGUGAUCCAAGUGGAAAACUCGCACAUCAUCCUCACUGGAGCCAGUGCUCUCAAUAAGGUCCUGGGAAGAGAGGUCUACACGUCCAACAACCAGCUGGGGGGUGUGCAGAUCAUGCACACUAAUGGGGUCUCCCACGUGACUGUGCCGGAUGACUUCGAGGGGGUCUGCACCAUUCUGGAAUGGCUGUCAUAUAUACCGAAGGACAAUCGCAGCCCGGUUCCCAUCAUCACUCCUACUGACCCCAUCGACAGGGAAAUUGAAUUCAUCCCAUCCAAAGUUCCCUACGACCCCAGGUGGCUGCUUGCGGGGAGGCCUCACCCAACUCUGAAGGGCUCCUGGCAGAGCGGAUUCUUCGACCACGGCAGUUUCAUGGAAAUCAUGGCACCCUGGGCUCAGACCGUGGUGACGGGACGAGCAAGGUUGGGGGGCAUCCCCGUGGGGGUGAUUGCUGUGGAGACUCGGACCGUGGAGGUGGCUGUCCCUGCUGACCCUGCCAACCUGGAUUCUGAGGCCAAGAUCAUCCAGCAGGCGGGCCAAGUGUGGUUCCCGGACUCCGCCUACAAGACCGCCCAGGUCAUCAGGGACUUCAACCAGGAGCGCCUGCCCCUCAUGAUCUUUGCCAACUGGAGAGGCUUCUCCGGAGGCAUGAAAGACAUGUAUGAGCAGAUUCUGAAGUUUGGCGCCUACAUCGUGGAUGGCCUCCGGCAGUACAAGCAACCCAUCCUCAUCUACAUCCCGCCCUGUGCCGAGCUCCGUGGGGGCUCAUGGGUGGUCCUCGACUCCACCAUCAACCCCCUGUGCAUAGAGAUGUACGCAGACAAAGAGAGCAGGGGGGGUGUUCUGGAGCCGGAGGGCACCGUGGAGAUUAAAUUCCGGAAGAAAGACCUGGUGAAGACCAUGAGAAGGAUAGACCCAGUGUGCAAGAAGCUCCUGGGACAGCUGGGGACAGCCCAGCUCCCUGACAAGGACCGCAAGGAGCUGGAGGUCCAGCUGAAGGCCCGAGAGGACCUGCUGUUCCCUAUCUACCACCAGGUGGCAGUUCAAUUCGCCGACCUGCACGACACACCCGGCCACAUGCUGGAGAAGGGAAUCAUCUCUGACGUGCUGGAGUGGAAGACCGCACGCACCUUCCUCUACUGGAGGCUGCGCCGGCUGCUGCUGGAGGCCCAGGUGAAGCAAGAGAUUCUCCAGGCCAGCCCCGAGCUGAGCCACGAGCACACACAGUCUAUGCUGCGACGCUGGUUUGUGGAGACCGAGGGCCCCGUCAAGGCCUACCUGUGGGACAGCAACCAGGUGGUGGUCCAGUGGUUGGAACAGCACUUGUCAGCCAGGGAUGGCCAGCGCUCUACCAUCCGGGAGAACAUCAGUUACCUGAAGCGGGACUCUGUCCUCAAGACCAUCCAAAGUCUGGUUCAGGAAAACCCAGAGGUGACCAUGGACUGUGUGGUCUACCUGAGCCAGCACCUCAGCCCGGCUGAGCGGAUACAGGUGGCUCAGCUGCUGUCGACCACGGAGACCCCGACCUCCCCCUGAGCAACUCUGGCCAUCCCCAGGACCCUGGACCAUGGGAAUGGCCGUGCGGCAGGCCUUUGCAGGACCCUGGGCCUUGUGUUGGGAAAAUUCACAAAGCGAUCUCGAGCACUCUGUGAAUGCCGUUCAUGACCAGCGUCUUCCUGGACAAAAGGCCCCUGCGCCCCUGCCAGGCGGUCAUAGCCUCCCUUCACCUGGGGACUCCAGGGUUCAGUGGAUAACUCUGCUGCGUCUCUGAGGUGAACUGAACCGGGCACCCCGAGUUCCUCGUGUUUUGUCUGGGAUGGGGAUCCAGUGUCGGCUCCCUGUCUGAUCUCAACACACUUGCACAUUGGUUUACAUUCAAGCAGCUGCGUCCUUCGGCAGGAAUAAACAGGCCAAAGAAAACACACCAGAUGAGACCCAAGAAAGGGUCUUAUCAGACACUCAGGCAUCCAAACAGGGGCAAAAAUUAUCUUUUUUUUGUUCAGUUAAGAGAAUAAAACGACAUUUUGUUCUCCAAGUGGCCCUGGUGAGACAGGAAGACCAUCCUAUGGACAAGCCGUCUCCAAAGAUAAAGGGACAAAUGAAUAGGACGCUUGGCAUCCAGCAGGGCUGGAGGAGUCUUACAGCCUCAGCCCCCAGGGCUCUGUAAGCCUUUUCUUCCUAGCAGAGCCAGGACUGGACCCCACAUCAUGCCUCCUGCAGAAUGGCCACCCGUACGGUACCAAGGACCCUCCGGCCUGAGCGCGGAGAAGCUGUCCCUAAACACGGUGCCCCUAACCAAUACACUUCCUCACCUUGUGCCUUGAUACCACGGCAGGAGCCAACGGCUCUGGACCGGUGACCUGGGACUGCCGCAAGCACUCUGCAUUUGCUCCUGAGGACUUUUCCAGGACCUGCAGCAGGGCCCAGCAGCGUCAGGGUCUGAAUGAGAGAUUCUGUGCCAGUGACAGGCUGGGGAAGUUGCCUGCCACCUGCUGUCCUUCUGGGCAGUGUCUGAAGCCAUUAUCACUCCAGGCUGAGGCCAGAGUCACACAGGGAACCGUCCGCAAGCCAGGAUACUUGAGGUGCCCUGGAUUAAAACAGGUCUAUAGCCAUCAGCCAGGGACAGCCCUAGCAGCUGAGGGGGGGCUGGGAGGGGUGGAGAAACGUGGCCUGUUGCUGCCAUUUUGGGGGAUGAAGGGUUCUUCUGGGCAAGGUCCUCUGGGUGUUGAGAGGAAAAGCCCAGAUUGUGACUAGCCGCUGCCCUGACCAUCAGCUUACGCUGAAGAGGCUGCCGGGAGAUCUGCAAAAUAAACUAUUUUUUGAAGGAA